AUGCGGGUGGGAGAGAAGGCGAGGUUUCUGUGCAUGCCUGAAUACACGGAGGGGUACGUACAACUUGCGAAAGUCUUAAAACAGGAAAGAGAGAACCGCAUAAACGUUGCCAAAGGGCUUCCGGUCAAAACCAUUGGCGGCGGUUGUUGUGCGCACUCAUUCCAGGAAGAGAUGAACGCGCAAACCGACUUGGCCGCGCUACACGGGGCGCCUCUCGAGUUCGAAAUCGAACUGAUUGACGUGCAAACUCCAAACUCGUUCACUAAAGAGCCGUGGGAAAUGAGCAUGAUGGAAAAGUUCCGGGAAGCGCCUGUGAGAAAGGAUGAAGGAGGGCGGCUAUAUAAGGAGGGGAAGUACCAAGAGGCUCUGGACAAGUAUACACGGGCGCUGGCGCUACUGGAGAGCGUGGCAAUGAGUCCGGAAGUGCAGGAUAUGGGGAGGCCGGACCGGCCCAGCAAGCUGCAGGGAACAUCAAGUCCGUCAAAAUCAAAAUCAGCAAUGGCAGCGCCUGCCCAGAACGGGGACUCUACAACGAAAGAGCCAGAAAUCGACUUGUCGACGUUAGAAGCCCUCCUCCAAAGCUGUCGGCUAAACUACGCAGCAUGCAAGAUAAAACUUAACGAUUUUGCACCAGUCAUCCCAGCAUGCACCGAAGUCCUGAAAACCGACUCGGAGAACGUUAAGGCCAUCUUUCGGCGUGGUCAAGCGUAUUCGCGCGUCGGCAGGGAUCUGGAUCUGGCACAGUCGGAUUUUGCCAAACUGGAAGACAUUCUGGAGCGGAAGGCGGUGCCGAAGUCGGGUUCAGAGUGGACGGAGUUGAGGCGGGAGCAGCAGAUCUUGCAGGGAAAGCUGAAGGCACAUACGCAGAAGGAGAAGAAGAUGUUUGGGAGGAUGUUUGCUUGA